AUCUUAGUCAGUCAUGUUUGUUUGGGCGUUUUCGAGUGACCUUUCACAAACAGCACAGUGCUACGACGAUUGAACACCAGCUUUGACUGGCUUCUGUAGUGGUAGGCGAUGGGUUCAGCUCGUCGCCCCGUAUUGCCAUGUGGUAGGCCACAGUUCCGAUGAUUUCAUUGGCGAAAUCGCGAGGUCGGAGAUCCCUGAUCCCGGAGAGAGGCUGCACAUGAUGUCUGCUGCAGAUGGCAUUGUAAGGUGGGCCAGGUCGUUUAAAAUGAUGAUGACCGCCGACUCAGCUUUUCCCCACGAAGUAGGUCCCAGCGUUGCGGAAUCAAGCCCUUUCGUCUUCUGGAAACAUCAUUCUCACCCAAGAUCUUCAGCAUGGACGGCUUCGAUGUGACUACAGCGCCGGAAGCCUACCAGGCCGUCAAGCCCAUCGCGGACCUCUUCGUCCUGGGGAUGGGUCUAGGCUGGACAAUCAACUACAUCGGCAUGGUGCACGUCUCCUUCCGCGACAAGUCCUAUGCGAUGGCGAUCAUACCUCUCUGUUCCAACAUUGCCUGGGAAACCGUGUUCGGGCUAAUCUACCCAUCGAAAAGCCUUAUCGAACAGGGAGUCUUCCUCGUGGGCCUGGCGAUCAACUUCGCCAUCAUCUACGCCGCCAUUAAACAUGCCCCCAACGAAUGGAACCACGCGCUGCUCGUCCAACGCAACCUCGCGCUCAUCUUCCUCAUUGGCAUUUUUAUCUUCCUGACCGGAUUUCUGGCACUGUCGCGCGAGAUCAGCCCCUCCCUGGCCUACUCCUGGGGUGCGGUCUUCUGCCAGCUCGCGCUGAGUGCCGGUGCACUCUGCCAGUUGGUGAGCCGGGGCAGCAUCCGCGGCGCCUCGUAUACUCUGUGGCUCUCUCGCUUCCUCGGAUCCUGCUGCACGGUGGUCUUCGCUGGGCUGCGGUGGCGGUACUGGCCGGAGUCAUUUGCGUGGCUGAACAGUCCCUUGGUGCUGUGGAGUCUGGCGGUGUUUCUGCUUUUGGAUAUCUCGUAUGGGUUUUGUUAUUGGUACGUUCAGCGCUGGGAGCAGAUGCAGUUGGGGAAAGGGGGUGGCAAAGAUAAAAGUGGAUGAUGGCGGAUAGACUUGGGCCUGUGGAUGUUGUUGCCCCGCUUAUUUGCUGUUAUUGCUUGCUAUAAGAGGGUCCAGUGGUGGCGAGAGUGGUAAGUAAGUA